UCAAACUCUAUAAAUACAAAGAUAUUCACAGACAAAACACAAAUAAACCAAAAAAUAAAAAAGAAAGCAAAAAUGGAUUAUGAAAAACAUUGUAUUUGUGUUCUUGAUGCAUCAACCUACGUGGGUUUUUGGAUCCUCAAGGGAUUGUUGGGUAGAGGGUACACAGUUCAUGCAGCUAUUCAGAGAAAUGGACCAGAAAGUGAGAUAGAGAUAAAAAUUAGAGAUAUGGAGAAAGCUGAAGAAAGGUUAUCAGUGUUUACUGUUGACGUUUUGGAUUAUCAUUCUAUUCAUUUGGCUUUGAAAGGAUGCACUGGUUUGUUCUGCUGUUUAGAUAGUUCUGAUGGUUAUGAUGAAAAAAUGGUGGAUUGGGAGGUAAGAGGAGCAAUUAAUGUGGUGGAAGCAUGUGCUCAAACAGAGAGUAUUGAGAAAAUUGUGUUCACUUCAUCUCUAACUGCAGCAAUUUGGAGAGACAAUAUUUCUUCAGAGAAAGAUAUAGAUGAGAGGUCAUGGAGUAACCAAGAUUUUUGCAGAAAAUUAAAGUUGUGGCAAGCAUUAGCAAAGACACUAUCAGAACAGGCUGCUUGGGCUUUAGCUAUGGACAGAAUGGUUAACAUGGUUUCCAUAAACUCUGGUCUGGUUCUUGGCCCUGCUGUCACCCAACAAAACCCUCUCUCAACAACAUCCUAUCUCAAUGGAGCGGCUCAGAUGUAUGAAAAUGGGGUGCUAGCAUUUGUAGAUGUGGACUUUCUGGUUGAUGUUCAUAUCAGAGCUUUGGAGGAUCCAUCUACAUGUGGGAGAUACUUUUGCUUUAAUCAGAUAGUCAAUACUGAGGAAGAAGCUGUUAAGCUUGCACAAAGGUUGAGCCCUUUAAUAUCCAUACCUCCUAGGUAUGUAUGUGAAGGGAGUGAGGUCUUUGCUGAGAGGUUGAGAACCAAAAAGCUAAACAAGCUAGUUGAGAGCACUGCUUGUUUCUAGAAAGCUCAUUCAGUUUCUAUUGAUGCACUUCAUGAAUGAAUGUAUAUUUAUAAUAUUAUGUUGGUAUAAAUAAGAUGUGCUUUAAUGAAGAUGUUACCUUUCUUUUUCUCUUUAA